AUGCAGGCAGGGGACUUCAUGAUGGCCACCAACGUUCUGCUUUCUGGAAAUAACUACUACAAAGUGGCACACCUCUUUAAUUACAUGAACAUGGGCUUUGUAGGAAAAAACACUUUUUUUAAAAUCCAGGAUAAUUAUUGCUUAGGAGCAAUAAAGGACAUGUGGGAGGACAACAGAUGUGCUGCAAUUGAGCGUAUGAAGAGUAAGGAUGGUGUAGUUGUAUUAGCUGAUGGACGAAUGGAUAGCCCCGGAUACUGUGCCCAGUAUUGCUCGUACACAGCAAUGGAGAAUGAUUCUAAGGAAAUAAUCUCGGUUGUCACUAUCGAUAAAAGGCAGACAAAUCGUAAUUCUGUAAGAAUGGAGAAAGAGGCUUUUGUAACCACAAUGGACAAGCUUCUUAGUGAAGUGCGGAUCACAGAAAUAUGUACAGAUGCACACACACAAAUCGCAUCUGUUAUGAAUCCAAUAACUGGGCGAUAUAAGGACACUGGAGUUCUGCACUCAUGGGACAUAUGGCAUGGAGCAAAGAAUCUAGCCAAGAGGAUUACUGCUGAGGCACAGCAAUCUGGACAAAGGAUCCUGCUGCACUGGGUCAAGGACAUCGUGAAUCACUUCUGGUUCUGUUGUAAAAAGGCAGACACGGAGCAAAAGGAGCAAGCUCUACUCCACCAGGUUCAAGAGACGAACAAUGAGCUAAAACCUCAGAAAUCUGAACAAACCUAA